AUGGCCUAUAUGGAAAUUUUCACAUUUUCUUUUAUUUGGCUCACUCUUGUCUCUUGCUCUCAAGUUAGGGGGAGAUUGGUGAUGGAAAGUUAUGAUGCACUCGAAGCAAAGGCACAGAAAACUGUACAUGGUUCAGAGAUGCAAGUGCAUGCAUUAAAUUCCAAUAAUGGAGAUGAGAAAGUAAUUUCUUCAGAAUUGGCACCAAAGUCGAAUGAGUCUCUCCCAGCCCACAUUUCAUCGUCAAUAAAUAUUUAUGCGCCUGAAGAUGACCCCAAUCGCAUACAACAUUGGGCAGAAUAUCAAAGCGGGACAGGGACAUCCAAGGCGUAUUAUGGUGCCAAAUCAACACUAGUUGUUUAUGGCUUUCCUAAUCUGGAAGCCGGCAAGAGUACCGCAACCGGGAUUUGGAUCGCAAACGGUGCAGACGGCCCUCGUAAUCAACUUAAUGUGAUCCAAGCUGGAUGGCAUGUGUUUCCUGAAGAAUAUGGGGAUACCGCGACUCACUUUUUCAUAGCUUGGACGGCGGAUGGCUACAUUUCAACAGGAUGCUUCAAUCUUAAAUGCCAAGGUUUCGUAUUAACAAACAGUUCCGAUCUUGUUCCUGGAACAGUUUUACAACCAGUUUCCACUCCCGGUGGACCGCAGUAUGAGAUAUCUAUAAGAAUUUUUAAGGGUCAAUCAACUGGAGAUUGGUGGCUCCAGCAUGUACACGGUGACAAUGCCAUUCCCGUAGGAUAUUGGCCAAAGUCUCUCUUUACUUCUUUAGCUGAUGAAGCAACUCGAGUUGAUUUUGGCGGACAUGUAUCCUUUCAAAAGAGCAGCGUAAGCCCUCCAAUGGGUAGCGGUUAUUUUCCAACAGAUAGUAAAGCAGCGUACUUUAAAAAUACCGCAUAUAUCAAUAAAGAUGGUGGUUUCUUUGUUAAUAAAAAACCUCCGGCCUAUUAUGUGGACAAUCCCCAUUGUUAUAACCUCGCAGAGUUUGAUCCAGAUCGUUUUACUUACGGUGGGCCCGGUGGUUGUGGUAAUUAA